CAAUAUAUCAUAUCAUUUGAUGAACAAAUCCAAUUCAAAUGCUUCAGCUGAUCCUUUAGGACAGACCAUAUGUCUGAACAAAUGUCCGCAAGACUGCAGAGUUUGUGGCAAAAGGCGACCAAUUAUUUGAGUCCAUUAAUAAUAGGAUCUAAUUGUCAAUCAGCAGACCAAGAGUUUAACGGAGAAGUGGUUUACAGCAAAAACAAUGUUUGCGUUCACUCGACAGACAAACAUAAUAACCAAUUGAACCACAAUUUAGGUUACCUUACGAUCAAAACACAUCUGAAUAAAGACGAGACAAGUGAUGACCAGAAGUGGACACUUUGUCUUCAAUGGACGUCUAAUGAAUGUCUGACCAAACAGUUUGAUAACAAUCACGAGAAUUGCGCUCAAAGUGAUUGUGAUUACAAUGAUCUGCAAAUAACGAGUGAAGACCAGACACUAAGAGGAAGCGAUAGCUUUAAUGAUGUUUUCGUCUAUGAUCUGAACAUAAUUGUUAGCAACGAUAACAAUAAUUACCAUAAUUUCUCAAAUUCUAGUCAAUGUUGUGAUAAUGAUAUCCAGCGAAGAAAUAGUAUGUCUGAGAAUAAGUCAAGUGAUAAUAAUAUAAGCACAAGAAGUCCGUUGCCACGGAUGGCCAAACCUGUCCGAAGAUGCCAAAGCUGUCGCACAACACCACUCAAGAGAAGUCCGAAUGACGACAACUUUGUCAAUACAUUCAGUGUUGACUUAAAACAAAUAAAAUCUCUGAGAGUUUUCUUUGGCGGAGAAGAAUUCGAUUCAAAUGGCAAGACAUCGAGUGCCGACACGACAAGUGGACAACUGGUUAUUGUAAGCAGAGAUUCGUUUUAUAAAGUAUUUCACUAUCAUUGCGGAGGUUUAGACAAACUGUUGAAUAUAUUGAACGGUUUAGACAUUUGGGACAAAUCUGAAACACCAAAAGAGACCAAUUAUUUACAAUUUUCUAUUUGUCGACCAAAACUAACAUCACUUGAAUGUCAUCCCGAAGAGAAACUUUAUUCGACAAUUGAUAAAAACCAAUGGAUGGAUAAUGUCAACGAAAUGGGACAAAUAAUUGACGAACAAUUACUUCGGAAAACUGUUUUCUUUGCUGGAGUUGAACCAUCACUUCGACGGCAUAUUUGGCCAUUUCUUUUAAAACGAUACGAAUUUGACUCAACGUAUUUGCAAAGAGAAUCAGAUAAUAGUCUUAAAGCCAUAGAGUAUGAAGAGAUAAGUAAAAAGUUGGAGACAAUGGAUAAAAGUCAAAGAGAUUGGUUUUGGAGAAAUGUUGAGAGUAUUGUUGAGAAAGACGUGCCGCGCACUGACCGGACAAAUCCGUUUUUUGCUGACGAGAAAAACGACAAUAUGAUGAAAAUGAAGAGAAUUUUAAUUAACUUUAGUCUUUAUUGUCCGCAAAUUGGUUAUACUCAAGGAAUGUCCGAUUUGUUGGCACCCCUUCUCUGCGAAAUUCAGGACGAAAUCAAUACAUUUUGGUGUUUCGUAUCAAUGAUGCGAUUGACUCGCUUUGUAUGCUCUCCUCGUGACUCGGAUAUGGAUUACAACCUAUCACUGCUUCGGGAACUGUUACGUCUAAUGUAUCCCCAAUUCUACGAACAUAUCAAACAUUUUUCUGACGACUUGGCCUUACUGUUCACUCAUCGAUGGAUUUUACUUUGCUUUAAACGUGAGUUCAUUGAAAGAGAAGCCCUUCAUAUCUGGGAGUCGUGUUGGUCUCACUAUCAAACCUAUUACUUCCAUUUAUUUAUCUGUUUGGCCAUUAUCUCCAUUUAUGGCGACGAUAUAAUGACAUAUAAUAUGGAUUCCGAUGAAGCGCUCUUCCAUUUCAGUACAUUAUCUAUGAAUAUGAAUGGAAAUCUAAUCUUAAGAAAAGCCAGAGGUUUGCUCUACGAAUUUACUGUUAGGCCAGUCAUUCCCUGUUCACUAAAAAGUCUGAUUAUAUUGGGUUCGGGUUCCGGUUGGGACAGCAAUAGUAGACAAGUGAUUGAAUGUGUCAAAACAGUACCCAAUCUGUCAAAUUGUUGUGCAAUUUGUAAGUGCAAUGUUGUUGAUCUAAAUGAUACAAAUAUUGGUUCAAAUUGA